AAUAAAGAGAAUAGAAAAAAGCAAACAAUUCCCCACACAGGUGGUUCCAUGAGCAUUGCACGCAAGAAGCAAAAGAUGGAAUUAGAGUGUGGCCGCAAAGUUAGUAGGGGAGAAAUAUGGAUAGCAACACAUAAACAUGCUAAUGGGGAAUUCGUGAAUGAUGAAGCCAAAGAAAUUGGAGAAAAAAUUGAAUCAUAUGAAUUGAGUGGAAGCAUUUCAAAAGACAUAUCAAGUCAAGAUUCCUUAGCUCAAACUUUAGGAAGUCAAGAACAUUGUGGACGUGUUCGAGGAUUAGGAUUAGGACCUUGCCCAUCCCGUGUGUUUGGACACACUGUACGCUCAUAUAGUGGGAUAUCCUCAUUUUCUCCUUCUUGUAGAGAGUUACAAAAUGAGCUCGAAAAAAAACCCUAUGCCAUUCUCCCAAAUCUGUUCUCCUCCGCAAACUUGAAUCUCCUCAACGAGCUUAACGCGGCGCAGCGCGAGGACACCGUCAAGUCCCUUGCCUACGAGGCGGAGGCGCGUCUCUGGGACCCUAUGUAUGGCUGUGUCGGCCUCAUUUCCAUCCUCCAGCACCGCCUCAAGCAGCUCCAGACCGAACUCAACCACGCCAAGAGCGAACUCGCCUCCGACAUCGGCCCCCACGCUCUCCUCCCUCCCACACCUUCCCCUCCACCGCCUCCGCCGCCGAAACCCUAA